CCCAGCACAUUCAGUCAGUAUCUCGACUGUCAAGUUAUCUUUCGGUCAGCGAAACGAAGUCGUUGUCUGUCGAGUCUCAGGAUGACUGUCAAGACACACACAUGCGCAGCACAGCAAGCUACAAAUGCAUUUGGAAUGACUGUGGACGUCACAGAACCAUGUCAGUUCGCAAACAUACGAGAUGACAAGAGCGCGUAAUCCCGUCCGGCGCCACACAGGCUGACAGACCUCAGUCAGUACCGACUUUUGUUCUUUGCCCCACUACAUCCAUCGUGCUGCCGCCGACCUCACCCCACCUCACCCCACCUCACCUUACAUCGCAUCCAUCCAUCCAUCCAUGCAUCGGAAAAAGACGAAAUAGAGAGGAUAACAUGUUAACGCGGCAUCGCUACUUGCACACUCACUCCCUUCCCCGCACAACGACAUCGGCUCCGUAUGAUACAAUUAGAAGAAACACAGCGGACAACGCACGAGACAUUGACCUAAACAACACCAAACCAAAGACUUACACAGAGCGACCCGAGCAGCCCGUCGUCACUCGUCGGCUGGCGGGAUACUCUGCUCAUACGCAAAACCGAUCGUCGGGUCAUAGCGCUUCUUGACACGCCUCAGCCGAGCAACGUUCUCACGGUAGUAGGCCUGGAUGAAACAGGAGAGCAAGAGACUGACUGAUCCCAAGUGUUUUUGGUGGCGCGUGUCUGCAGCUUGUGUGAAUUCCCCCACCGCACCGUGAGGUAGUCCUCGAUGUCUCUGUCGACGUAGUUGACGUACGCAAACCCACUGGAUGAGAACGGCGUCUGAAACACCCUGUGGACGUCCCUUUGCCACGCAAGGACAGGCUUCUUGUUGGUGUUGCCCGCCGCGGUGUCCUCCGAAGAGAUGCCCGACUGCACAAGGAAGGUGACGUUCCUGUGGGGGAAAGCUGUGGCUGUCGGGGAGAGAUCGGCCAAUGCGCUGCCCCACGCUUCACACACACACGCACAAUAAAGCUAGCUGCUCACAAGGAGAUUUCUUUCAAUCUUUUCGGGUGCGAGUUACAGAAGAACUGGACGAAGAUCAGAGUCACGCCAUCCAGACUUGGGACAGUCUUUCAGAGCUGCAGCAGAUCGGCGAGCUGAUCGGCGUCCAGCGUGUCAUAGACGAUAGAAGACCUCAGCUUUUCGAACCUAGCUGAACACACAAACAAGAAGACAUGGUUCAUUCGGACACAUACUGCACUGCUCAUCAGUCUGCAGACACUCACAGGGAGAGGGCGCUUCAAUGAGGGACUCCGGGUCGUCGACUGGCAGAAGGGCACUGUCAAGAAUGGACUGGAUGGGGUCAUAGACCACCACCUGCUGGCAGGCCGGCUCGCCGGCUGCUUGGAAAAGCCCGCUGCGCUUCAGCUCGUCCCGCAGCUGCUCCUCGGUGCCGAUGAACUCUCCGUCAAGUGCGAUGCCCCCAAACAGUGGCAGCCAGAUGAGCUUCGUGAAGAAAUCCCUUGACGCACACAGACGCAGGGAGGGAGGCAUAGGCAUGACCAUUCAUUCAACCCAGGCAGAUAGAUGCUUGUGUCCCUGCAUGGCCUACCUCGGCGCUUUGAAUGUCGCGUAUUCCUGGUACCAUUCAAAGAGAGGCACAAACUGGUCGAUGUCGUACCGGAAGUUCAGAUGUACUACGGUCGGCGACGGCACAUAGAAGGCGGUAAAGCUGAUUUGCGUGAUGAUGCCGAAUUGACCUCCACCGCCGCCACAGCUCGCCCAGAAAAGGUCGCUCUCGCUUGAGUUGGUAACUUGCAGGAUGGAGCCAUCGUACGUGACCAUCUCCAGGCGAGUCAGAGUGUCGCACAAGAGGCCGUACUUCCUGCCCCGAUGCCCUCGGCCUCCGCCGGCUGAACUAACACACAGAUAUAGCCAGACGCGCACAGAUCGCUCAUCCGCUCUGGCGGAUGGCAGGCAGCGUCUGUCAACGCGCAAUGUGUCGUACGUGUGAUGCCUCCCAUGCUGCACACACACACACACACACAGGGAAGACACGGAUAGAGGCGUUUGGUCAUCUCUGUGUGUGUGUGUGUGCAUUUCUACGGUACCCGACGCUGUGCUCCGAUCCACCGUUAAACCACGCCUUAUGGUCGAACCACAAGUGGUAGUAGACGUAGCCCUGCCGCACCCCCGGCCCCACCGUCACAUCAAGCGUCUCGUUGUCUCGCUUGACCACCUCGAAUUGACGGAGCCCCUCAACGUCGACCAGCAGUCCACCACAGGAGCUGUAGCCUUCAUAGGAGUGGGCCCGAGCGCGCACACACAAUCACGCUGUGGUUGGAGGCACAGCAGUUGCAGUCCGAGACCUCCUGUGCUGUCUGACACCGCCUUGUUGAGCACGACUCUCUCCGUCUCGUAUAAUUCAGAAUCAGCAGGCGUGACGACGGCCACAGAAGCAUUUCUCAGGCAUUCGAUCAACGGAAGCUGCCUGCCUUGCCUCUCGGUUCUUCCUGCUGCCUGUGACGAAGGGGAGAUGAGGUCAGUCAGCAGGAGGAUGGCGAGGGAAUAGAGCAUCUACCCGCCCUAAACGUGACGGCAAUGACGUCUUGACGUGUCCAAGCAGAACCGCAUCGGAAUCAGACAAAAACCUCG